AUGGCAGGUUUGAGUUUUGAGAACUAUCAGAGAAAUCAAUUUCUCUCUUCCAAGGGAUAUGCUGUCCCAAAGGCCACUUCUACCGGUACUACUAUUGUUGGAUGUAAAUUCAACGGUGGCGUUGUGAUCGCUGCUGAUACUAGAGCUACUGCUGGCCCAAUUGUAGCUGAUAAGAAUUGCGAGAAAUUACACAGAAUAGCUCCUCACAUCUGGUGUGCUGGUGCCGGUACUGCUGCUGAUACUGAGAUGGUGACUCAAUUAAUUUCCUCGAAUAUUGAAUUGCACUCUUUAUACACCAACCGUGAACCAAGAGUUUGCACUGCAUUGACUUUAUUAAAACAGCAUUUGUUCAAAUACAGUGGUCAUAUUGGUGCUUAUUUAAUUGUGGCAGGAACUGAUCCAACUGGCUCUCAUUUAUUCUCAAUUCACGCUCAUGGUUCAACGGAUAUAGGUUAUUAUCAAACCUUAGGUUCAGGUUCGUUGGCUGCCAUGUCAGUCUUUGAGAGCAGGUGGAAAUUGGAUUUAACCAAAGAGGAAGCAAUGAAAUUGUGUUCAGAUGCUAUCCAAGCAGGUAUUUGGAAUGAUUUAGGUUCGGGAUCUAACGUUGAUCUUUGUGUAAUGGAAGCAGGCAAAGAUGCUGUAUUGCACAGAAAUUAUUUGACUCCAAAUGUUAGAUCACAAAAGGCUAAUAACUAUAUUUUUAAUAGGGGUGCUACAGUUGUUUUGAAAGAAAAGACAAUAUAUAGCAAACUUGAACUUGUUUCUGAAGAGGUUAUAAUUUCAACACCCGAAGAAAGACCUGAGGCAAUGGAAGUUGAUGCAUAA